AUGAUCAUAUCCACCGUUAACAAGGAUACUCACAGUUUCCCUCCUUUUUCCUCUUUACCUCCAGAAUUACUCAUAGAGAUCUUUUCAACUUGCAGCCUCACAGGUGACUGGCACACCCCCCUCACGCUAUCCAAAGUCUGCUGUUUAUGGAGAGACUUGAUUAUAUCGUCACCGUGCAUAUGGCAGAUGAUCGUCAUACUAGACUCGAGGCGUACCAUGUCCUCCAUCCGUACUCAGGCAGAGCUAUGGAUCGCUCGCUCUUCACCUCUUCCAUUCAAUCGACUGCUACCCAUCAUGUCUUGCUUCCUCCCUAAUCUCGCCCGUUGGAUGCGCUGCACUAUCACUUAUGAUGGGAGAAUUAUCGAGACAUCCUUAUCAGACCUCACCCUGUCCUCGCCUCGUCGCAUACUACAUCAUCUCGAUAUUAUUCUCAAGACUCCCUUCGAGGACGUCGCAGGUGAUGAUGGAGAUGAUAUCAUCUUUUUCUCCUGCGGAAGCACGACAUACCCAACAACCAAACUGCCUCAUGCAGAAAUGGUCAACCCCCUAUUAUUCACAUCACUCCACAUCUCAGAGACGGCAUUCGAAUGCUCCGUCCGGUCGCCGGACCUCCUUCGUUUUCUUGCACAUUGCCCGAACUUGGAGCAUUUAUAUUUUCACGGUUUGUCCAAUGAUGAAGGCACUCUUGAUGCGCCACCUCCUGCCAUCGCCCUUCCGCGAUUACACACGCUCCUCCUAGACCAAAUUUGCAAUCAGCGCAGCAUCCUCUCGCAUCUCUACCUCCCUGCAUUACGAGAGCUUUAUCUGCGUCACAUCAACGUAGACGACCAACUCGAGCCAUACCACGUCCCUGAAGAGGGUGACAGCGAUGACGAGGCCCAUGACUUUUCCCAGUCCCCACACAGCGACCUUCACACUGGCAUGGGUAUCCGCAAGCUCUUAUCGCGCUCACGCCCCCCGCUCGAGAUUCUAGACAUGGAUCUAUCAGAUAUGCGUACCAAAGACUUCCGCUGGGUUUUUGAUAAGCUGCUUGACCUAAAACAGUUCUCCAUCGUCGGGUCUGAUAUGUCGGAUUCGGUGGUUGCGUUGUUUGCGCCUUUUGCUGACAGGGAGGGGAUGAGUGUGCGUCUGCCCAAGCUUUCUGUUCUCAAGAUGUACAGCUGUCAACAGCUUUCGGGUGAUGCGCUGGUGAAAGCCUUGAGUGCACGCGUCCGCUACACGGAUCAUGCAGCGCCAGAUGCUACGCUGGGGACAAUAGUCAUUUCAAGCUGCAAUAAUUUUACUGCGAGUCAUGCUCAAGAGUUGUCCUGGGAUUUGCACGAUCGUCUGCAUCUGUCGUGA